UUGAGGUGUGAUGAUCUUUGCAAGGCAAGCUAAGGUAACAGAUAUCAUAAUUUAAGAGGAAGGAAGAGAGGGAUUCAUUCAUUUAAGAGAGGGAGAGAGAAGGGAGGUUUAGAGAGAGAGAGAGGAUGGUUAUGUUGGAUUCUCUUCCACCUGGUUUUAGGUUUUAUCCAACAGAUGAAGAGCUAGUGGUCCAUUACCUCUCCCAAAAGGCCAUGUCUGAUGCCUUCCAUUUUCCAUUGAUCACUGAGAUUGAACUCUACAAGUUUGAUCCAUGGGAACUCCCAGAGAAGGCAGUUUUUGGAGAGAGAGAAUGGUACUUCUUCAGCCCAAGAGAGAGGAAGUACCCAAAUGGGACGAGGCCAAAUAGAGCUGCGGUCUCUGGUUAUUGGAAGGCAACAGGCACUGAUAAGUCGAUCAUGGCAGGAAAGGAACAACAAAUAAAAAUAGGAUUGAAGAAGUCACUUGUGUUUUACAGGGGAAAAGCACCCAAUGGGACCAAAACAGAUUGGAUCAUGCACGAAUAUAGGCUCGCCAAUUCUAUUCUUCCUAAGCGUACCACUCACAAGGUGGAUGAUUGGGCGCUCUGCAGAAUAUACAACAAAAGUAGUAAUGGGGCGACAGUAACCCAAAUGAGUGGGCCAUCGAUGAAGCCAAUGCCUGAUGAGGCUCGGUUUCGGCUUCCUCCACUCGUGGACGAACCCGUAGUGAAUCUGCACCAACCAAGCUGGGCUUCAUCUCUUCCAACUCAACCUCAGCCUCCAACCCAGCCCCAGCCCUUCUUUGAGUUUGGGUUGGAUGACUGGUUGGAGAGCCUUCCAAGCUCAGGAGAUGAUGCUGCUUGGCCUCCUACUUAUUACAUUAGUGGUGACCAGAUAAAAUGAGGCAAAGGGAACAAAGAGCAAAACAGAGGUUCUAACUCAAUUUGAUUUUGGUGUUUACAACACCAACUCAUUCAUUCCCAUUCAUUUGGUGAGAAUUUGGGCCUACCUACCAACCAUUUCAGGGUCUCUGUGAGGUCCAUACCUAAGUACAGUGUAUAUUAAGCACUGUAAUUUAUUCUUGUAGUAAUAAUAAUAAUAAUAAUAUAAUGGAAGUUUAUAUUGGACAAUAA